CUGGUGGGCACUUUGACGAUGCCAGAUUUGCCGGUGGUCGUAGGCAGCUGCUCAUCGUCUGACGAGUCAGAGUCCGACGCCGCUUGUGCCUUGAGCUGUCGUUCUCGCUCCUCGUUGAUCUUGAGGGCCUCGGUAUCGUCUGUGAGCUCUUGUAUGCUCAUCUUUGACGGCUCCUUUCCUCCUCGAGCAGCGACAGUCCUCGAUGAUGUGGCGCCGCGCCUGCUUCGACUGAUAUAUAAAGGGAUUUCGUGUCAGCCAGGGCGAGCUUGGAUCGGCUUGUCAGGUCGAGUAUGGCCCAGGUGAACGGUCAUGCGACGACGGCAGAGAAGCUGGGCGUCAAGACAUCGGGACUGUCCAAGUCACAGCUCCGCAAACUGAAAGCAAAGACCAAGAAGUCGACGACGACGGCUUCCACGAGCACUCCCUCCUCUGAUAUCCCCCCACUCGAGCCAGGCACGACACUCAACGGUCACUCGGACAUCAUCAAGCAGGAAGAUCAUGCUCCCGUUGCGAGUACGAGCGAGAGGAUGGCUGCACCUGCACCGGCGAGGAGACAGAGAGCUGUCGAGUUGAUGGGUCAUAUCGAGCAAGCCGACGAUGUCAAGCCUGAGCAGCUCGGAGGUGAUCCUGCCCUGGCAGACGAGUUCAAGAACGUCUUUGCUCGCUUCGAAGCCGGUCCGGAGACCAAGGACGAGGAGGGCGAAUAUCCCGUGGGCAAGGGAGAGAUCAUCUACUCUGACGACGACGAUGUGUCGGACGAUGGCGAUGGCGAGACGCCCAAAGUGCUCAGCAAACGCAAACAACGCAAACUUGCCCGUCUCUCGGUAGCAGAACUGAAGCGACUCGUCAAACGCCCAGAAGUCGUCGAAUGGGCAGACGUGACGGCCAACGACCCCAACAUGCUCGUCCAGCUUAAGUCCUACCGCAACGCUAUACCUGUUCCUGCUCAUUGGUCCGCCAAAAGCGCCUACCUGCAAGGCAAGAAGGGAAUCGAGAAAGCCCCCUUCAUGUUGCCCUCGUUCAUUGCGGACACCGGGAUUGCCACCCAGCGCGAUGCGAUAAAGGAGAAAGAAUCGAACCAAUCGCUCAAGCAGAAGCAGCGGGAGCGUGUGCAACCAAAGAUGGGCAAGAUCGACAUUGACUACCAGAAGCUACACGAUGCUUUCUUCCGCUAUCAGACAAAACCGCCCAUGACAAACUUUGGCGAGGUAUACUACGAAGGCAAAGAAUUCGAGACCAAGCUCAGGGAGAAACGACCGGGCGAUCUGUCGGACGAGCUGAAAGACGCACUAUCUAUACCACCCCUCGCGCCGCCACCGUGGCUCAUCAGCAUGCAGCGUUUUGGGCCCCCGGCGAGCUAUCCCAGUCUGAAGAUUCCAGGCCUCAAUGCGCCCAUACCCGAUGGAGCCCAAUGGGGAUUCCAUCCGGGUGGCUGGGGCAAACCGCCAACGGAUGAAUACAACCGACCGCUGUAUGGCGAUGUCUAUGGACCUGCCGCUCAAGCUGGUGAUGCCUAUGAAGCCGUUAUCGACAAAUCGCUGUGGGGCGAGAUGGAACCCGAAGAGGAGGAAUCAGAUGUCGAGGAAGAGGAGGAAGCAGACGAAGCAGACGACCAACAAUCCGCGCCCGCCGAUGGCUUGCAAACGCCCUCGGGACUCGAAACUCCCUCUGGCUUUGCGUCUGUGGCCUCUACCAUUCCGGGAGGCUUGGAAACGCCAGACUUUAUCGAGUUGCGCAAACAGAGAGAUACGACUGCUGCGACCGAUGACGGUCAACCGAGGAAUCUUUACCAGGUCGUACCCGAACAGCAGGCCUCCGUCAGGGGUUUCCUGGGCAGCGAUAGGACGUACGAUGUUCGCGGGUUCGUUGGCGAUGCGCCUGUCCUCGGUCAGGAAGACCGUCAGUCAAAGCGCAAAGCCGGCGGUGUCGAUGUUGCGAUCGAUCCCGCCCAAUUGGAAGGCAUGUCAGAAGCAGAACUGCGACAACAGUAUGAAGCUUCUCGGAGGGGAUCAGGCGGUCAGGGUGGCCGCGAAGACUUUGGUAGCUUCGUCGCCGAAGAAGCUGCCAAGCGGCGUAAAAGAGAUGAGGCAAAGAGGGGAGGCAGCUCAGGACGGGAUCGAGACAGGUUCAAGUUCUAGUGAUGUUGUUAUGCAGCUGGGCGUAUGCAAGUCUCUACAAGCCC